AUGUCAUCACCCAAAACCUCGACACCCCUAGCACUACCAGCUCCCGAGGAGGGUUCAGCCAAUGAAUCUGGUACCACAACCCUUGAGAUUGGAGGCAAGAGUAUUAGCUUUGAUAAGCUCGGACCAAUGGUAGUGAAUUCUGACGGUACCUUAUCGAGGAUCGCUAACUGGCAAGAAAUGACGCCAGCCGAACAGAAUAAUACGAUCCGGGUUCUUUCGAAACGGAAUCAGUUAAGAACUUCUACGUUUGCUCAGGCGAUCGGCAGCACUCCUAUUGUAGAUGUAGCGACGCAGCACAACGCAAACUAA